CAGUUGAUAUAGGUUGCGCAAGUGCUCUGGAUCUGUACCAGACAAGAAGAAGAAAGUUGUGAUAUAUUGAAACGUGUAAUUCAGUGUUUUUUGAUUCUCGAUAGAUUCAGAGAAAAUUGGAGGAAAACUGUCCAAAGAUUCUGAUUUGUUAGCAGAGCAGUAGAGAAACUUUAUGGAGCUACGGGGUUGUGGUUAUCUUCAUUUCAUUCUGGCUAUUAAAGGUGGUUUAGUUUCAAAAGUCCCUAAUGUUGCUCGUGGACAACCAAAACUUAAAUUUAAAAAUAUUACAGACAUAUAUGAUGAUGGCUUAUUGUCUAAUAAUGAUGAUGGAAUGGCUGAAAGAUCAUGCUAUGUUGAAAUUGAGGAAACCAAUGUGAAAACCAAUCCUGAUGCGUCAGAAUGUAAUGUCAAUGAUGAUGAUGGUCAGAGAAUCUGUAACUUGGAUGAUAACGACUUUGACGAUAUCACCCUAAGCCAAAUUAAAGAAAGUUGCGAAGCAAGGAAGAGAAAACGCUCACAAGUUCUCGAGUCUUCUAGAAGAAUGAUAAAAAUUGAAGAUUCAUUCCUGGAUGACUACGGUGAGGAGCAAACGGAAGGUGAUGAAGAUUCUGAUUUCAUGGAGACUCUCAGUAGCUGGAAAUCUAAACUGUCAAAUAAUAUGAAGGCAAAGAAGAAAAGGUGCUUGAAAAAAACAAUCUCUACUUAUACCCAAGAGGUUAUGCCAGUUGUCAAAUCUGAAGAGAUCGUAGACAGUCAAGAUUUCACACCCACUAGUGAAGAGAUCCAACACGGUCAAGAUUUCCCACCCUCUAGCGAAGAGAUCCUAGACUGUCAAGAGUUCUCAACCUCCAUGGAAGAGAUCCAAGUAUGUCAAGAUUUCUCACCGUCCUGCGAGGAGAUCCAAGACGGUCAAGAGUUCACACCCUCCAGUGAAGAGAUUGAUAACAAUAAAGAGAUCCUACCCUUCAAUGGAGAUUCGGUUGCCCUUGUUGAAGUGAAAUCUGAGGUUCCUGAAACUGACUAUUUUGGUGGGCCAGAUGACUAUUCUAUUGUGGAAGUACAGGAAGCGGAGACAAUCUAUGAAUGGAAUUUGGAGAGUGAAUUGAAAAAUGAGCGGCAAAGGUGUGUUGAUUUUCUUCCAUCACGAAUGGUGGGUCCAUUUAACAUGGAUGUUGUGAUACGUAAUUAUCAACUAAGCAAUGGUCAGUUUCCGGACAUGGCUGCAAUAGAAUUAAAAAAUGAAGAGUGUAUCAUUCAUCCAGAUCUCCAUUACAUCGCCCCACAAGUAAUCUCUAUGGUUGAAGAUGAAAUCCUUGAUAUUCAUGACAGUCAACCGGAUGGUGACACUGACACUGCAGUCACCCUACCUAGUGUUCAUAAAGAUCUUGAUUACCUGGGUGUAGAUUUUAAAGAUGAUAACACUGUUUUCGGUGACUGCAGUAAUAAUGAAUUUACUCCUGGUGCUGAGGAUCAGGUAGAAGUAGAGACCAGCCCUACUAUGGAACAUGACCUUAAUCUUGAUGGAUGUCUGGUUCGUUGCUCAGAUGAUCCACCUGAAUAUGAGGAAAUACAAUCACUUGCUUCUGUAAACAAUGAAUGUAAUGGUAGUUCAAAGCUGCAUCAUCCUGAAAGGCUAUUAUCAACAAGGAAGGAAAUUUCACCAUCUUCUCUGGAAAAGCAUUGUAAAGCUGUGAAGACUAAUGAUUUGAAUCGUAAAAACAAAUUGAAAUGCAAGGGACGACAAAUAUACUUUUCUGAGCAGACUGAUAAUCGUACAGCUGAAGGGUGUGAUGAUAUCACAGGCGCUCGAUUUACUGAUAUCCCUAACAAAAUUAGUAUUAUUCCUAGGACUAAAAGAGUUUCCCAUCCUAAAGGAAUUUCCAAGAUCCCUCAUUCUUCUCGCCAAGCUACCCGCCUAGGUUGCAGUUCUGUACAAAGUUGCUCAAAGAGCGCAAUUGCAUUUACACAGCAACAAAUGCGUGAUGCAGAAUGUCUUGCAAAGAAACUGACAAAGGAAAUGAAGUCAAUGAAGGACAUUGUGGAUGACAUGUUACGAUCUGAAUUCUGUCUGAAUACGUCUUUGAGGCAUAAAGUAAAUGAGGCAAGAGUGGCUGUCAAGAAUGCAACAAGAGCUGAAGAAGCUGCAAAACGAUGGCUGGCCUUCAUGUCAAGGGAUUGCAGCCGUUUCUGUAAAAUAAUGAAAUUAUCUGAUGAUGGCCCAGCUACUCAAGAUGUAGUGCGUAAAGAGAGGAAAAAAAUAGCCUUUGCGGAUGAAGCAGGUGGAAAGCUUUGUCAGGUUAAGUUCUUUGAGGAUGAUGGGGUAUCUUUGUCAGAGUCUAAUUGAAAGAGAAUCUUACUCUAAUAGCAUGCCAUUUCUGUAAAUGCUGAAUCUUCGAUGCCGUUUCACUGUAUUAGUUCGUUCUAGAAAUAGGUGUUGGUUUCUACCUAUGUCUGAAGUUAAUUCCAUUGAUAUCUCCCGUAACAAGGGGAGAGUUUAAUCAAGUUUUCAACCAGAGACUUGUUAUGUGAGCGGAAUUUGAGUGAACAUACUUUAGAUCAAACUCAUAAGUGUAAUUUUAACUCAUUCAA